UGACCCCCUUUAUACAAGAUUUGGUGCCACUACAGGACCUUGGUUGCAACAAUGAUCUAUACGGUCCCAGUUUGUGACAAUAACAUCACAGCCACCAACUAGACACCUGAGUAACUCAGAGGGGAAACUGAGGCACACACACAGGGUUCAGAGAAAACAUUAAGAACAGAACCACUUUGUCACUGCCCUGAUGCCCCUCCCCACAUCCCGACCCCACUGCAUUCCCCAUCCCUGUCCUCACCCCAACACCACCUCCCCCGGCCUUGGCGCGGGGUCCGUGGGUCGCUGGGGCUCUGGCUCUCCCCGGCGCGGGGUCUGUGGGUCGCUGGGGCUCUGUGUCGCUCUCCCCGGCGCGGGGUCCGUGGGUCGCUGGGGCUCUGGCUCUGCCCGGCGCGGGGUCUGUGGGUCGCUGACGCUGUCUCUCCCCCCGCCAUGGGGCAGCCGAUGUGCCCGUGGACACGUUGGAGAAGUCGCUCUCGCCCGCCGGGCUGGUGGGGCUCCUGCGGGUGCCGCGGGGCUGCGCGGAGCAGACGAUGAUCUACAUGGCGCCCGGGCUCUACGCCAUGCACUACCUGGACGAGACGGAGCAGUGGACCCAGCUCAAACCCGAGCGCAAGCAGGAGGGGCUGGAGCACCUGCGCGUGGGCUACGAGCGUAUCCUGACCUUCCGCAAGCCGGACGGGUCGUACGGCGCCUGGCUGCACCGGGCCAGCAGCACCUGGCUGACGGCGUUCGUGGUGAAGGUCCUGGCGCUCAGCCGGCAGUACCAGGCCGUUGACAAUGCCGGGAUUCGAGAGUCGGUGACGUGGCUGCUGGGGAACCAACAGGCCGACGGCUCCUUCCGUGACCCGCAGCCUGUCAUCCACCGGGACAUGCAGGUGAGAUUGCACGUGCCCCUACGCCCUUGCACGCUCGCUGCUGCCUGCACCAUGCCCUCACACACUCACUGCCUGCACACUCCCCUCACACACUCACUGCUGCCUGCACACGCCCCUCGCAUGCUCGCUGCCUGCACACUCCCCUCGCACACUCCCUGCUGUUUGCACACUCCCCUUGCACGCUCGCUGUUGCCUGCACAAUCCCCUCACACAAUGACCUUGCACAAACACAUUUGCACGUUCACACACACUACUGCCUCACACUCACAUUCACAGCCUGGGCCUUGCACACCUGAUCCCCAAUUUUGCAUGCUCACUUUCAUCUGCACCCUCAUCCUCACACCCUGCUGCCUUGCACACUUGCCAUUGCCUUGCACAUUCAUGUGCACAUUUGCAUAGUCACUCCACAUCACA